UUGCAUCUGACAAUCGACUACAUACAUGCACAGCCCUACGGAACUCAACCCGCCUUCAUCGCCUGAAUUCAGACGCCUCCACUCUACAAUAAAGCCAACAUUGCAAACCACACGUGCCUGUUCGUCUUACCACACCGCUCCGCCACGACCAACAAGCUAUCAAUCCGCAUAUUGGUUUCACCAGAACUCACCAGCCUCACCACCACCUGCUAAAAUCCCCUAUUAAGCCCUAUCCUCCCGCCACACUUCACAGACGAGCGCGCAACCAUGGAGACGGGCCACAUUGAUACCCUGCUGGAGCGCUAUCUCGUCCUGCUGGACGAGUACAGCACACUGCGCGAGCGCCUCACCAGGGCUCAGGUCGGCAUGUAUCAGAACAUUGCACGAGCCAAUUUCUCCGCAGAGAGGGGCGUCCGCUACGGCCCGGACUACUACGACGAGCGCAUGCGGGCUUCGAGGGUCCUUGCCGUGUCUGUGGACGGCCGGAAUGUUCCCCGCUUCAAGAUUGUCCAGCCUGCAGAUGCCGUGACGGAGCCGAAAGCGACGGGGACCAACGAGGCUCGGGGCCGCAAGGAUAAGGGACGGUCGCGGAGUGACGCCGAUGAAGCCCCAGAUUACGCGGCUGGUGAAGCAACAUCUGCCGAUGAGGUCAAGGACGAGAAGGAAUCGAAUGGGGAAGAAGUGGAGAAGACGAAGAAGCAGAAGAAAGGGAACAGCGACCCCCUCCGGUGGUUUGGCAUCCUGGCGCCAUUGCCUCUACGGCAGGCACAGACGCUGUCAGUGCACAUUGUUGAGGACGUCAUCCCGCGGCUGGUCUCAGUAGAUGCCGAGAUGAAGGACGUAGAGAUCGAGGUCCGGCGGGCGCGGAAGAGGCGAGCCAAGACGGAGGCAGCGUCGAAGAAAAGCGACGCGGCCCCCGAGGCGGAUCAGCACGGGUUGCAUGCCCCGGCGGCGGUGGUUGAGUCGACGUGAUUGCUGUUUCCUCCAGCACCGACACCGGUCAGGCUCUCGAGGUCCUCGUGGUUCUUUCUCGCUAAGGGGGCAAGUCUCUGACCAAGUUCGAGCUUCUGUGGAACUAGGAUAUGCUCAGCCGGCAGGUCCCGGGCCAACCUAUGGCUUUCAGUGGCAUACCUGGCAGCACCUGCGUCAGCACCAUUGUGUUCUAUAUUUUCAAGCCCGGGAAGACGGCAUCUGAAGCCGCCAUGAAUCAGUUUCAUCCUUGUGAUAAGUUACACACAUGAAAGGGAGGCUCUGCUUGGGUAGUGCGGAUGGAGACACGACUCGUGUUGGGGAGGCCGGAGACGUGAAUCAGCCCUGCGGCAUGUCCCCUCGGAUAAAUGUGGUUAUCUCUACAUUAGGGAAGAAACGGGGUCGGCUGCCUUUCGUUUCUCGGGUCUAGCUAGUAACAUGAUGACGAUUUGGUGCCGUUUGACACAUGUUCCUUGAGCCGGG